UAGUGGCUGGGAGGUGAGGAGCGGAGGCUCCCCGGGGUGGGUGGCGGCUACCCCUGCGAGUUGUGCGCUGUGCCGGAGCCGCAGCCCGUUCGCAGGCGGCAUGGCCACGGCUGCUGCCGCAGCGGGGCAGGCCCGGAGUGCGGCUCGGACCUAGACUUGCCCGGCGGCGGGGCUCCGGGCGGCCCGGGAUUGCAGUGACCCCGCCCCGCGGGGAGUAGGCAGCAAGGAGCUGAAGCGGGACGGGGCUGCCGUCCCCUGUUGCGGACGCGGAGCUGAGCCUGAUGCAGAGCCAGUGGCUGGCACGCUCCGGCGAGGAGAUGACACGCCUGCCACCGGCCCCCCCUGCCCGGUGAGCUGGGGUGCGGGAGGCCGGGGCCCCGGGGCGGAGCAGCCGCCAUGGAUAAGCUGCCCCCCGCCAUGCGCAAGCGGUUCUACAGCCUGCCCCAGCCCGGCGGGGCCAAGGCGUCGAUCAUGGAUGAGGAGGGAGACGGCGACAAGGACACCCGCAGGCGGAGCAUCCGCCUCAAGCCGCUGCCCGCGGCUGGGGGCACCCGGGGAGACGCCGGCCCGGAGCCGGGCGCCAAGAGCAGCACCAACGGGGACUGCCGGCGCUUCCGCGGCAGCCUGUCCUCGCUGGCCAGCCGGCACCUGCACGACGCGGCCGAGGGCAGGCGGCUCAUCGGGGGCGAGGGGGAGGCGGCCUCCCCCGGCGAGGAGCGGAGCCCCCAGGGCGGGGGGGAGCCCGAGCUCCCGCCGGCCCCCGCCCGGUCCCCCCCGCCGGAGCCGCAGGCCCUGCCCGCCUCCGCCUCCAUCAAAGUGGAAGGCGGGGCGGGGGGCGACCAGAUUACCCCGGACGAGGAGCUGCGGCUGGGCCAGGCAGGCUUCAUGCAGCGCCAGUUCGGGGCCAUGCUCCAGCCGGGGGUCAACAAGUUCUCGCUGAGGAUGUUCGGCAGCCAGAAGGCGGUGGAGCGGGAGCAGCAGCGGGUCAAGUCCGCCGGGUUCUGGAUCAUCCACCCCUACAGCGACUUCAGGUUCUACUGGGAUCUGACCAUGCUGCUCCUGAUGGUGGGAAACCUGAUCAUUAUCCCUGUGGGCAUCACUUUCUUCAAGGACGAGAACACCACCCCAUGGAUCGUUUUCAAUGUGGUCUCAGACACCUUCUUCCUCAUCGACCUGGUCCUCAACUUCCGGACCGGCAUCGUGGUAGAGGAUAACACCGAGAUCAUCCUUGACCCCCAACGAAUUAAGAUGAAGUACCUGAAGAGCUGGUUCGUGGUGGAUUUUAUCUCCUCCAUCCCUGUGGACUAUAUCUUCCUGAUUGUGGAGACCCGUAUCGACUCGGAGGUUUACAAGACUGCCCGGGCUCUGCGUAUCGUACGCUUCACCAAAAUCCUCAGCCUUUUGCGCCUGCUAAGGCUCUCCAGGCUCAUCCGCUACAUCCACCAAUGGGAGGAGAUAUUCCACAUGACCUAUGACCUGGCGAGUGCGGUGGUGCGGAUUGUGAACCUGAUUGGAAUGAUGCUCCUGCUGUGUCACUGGGAUGGCUGCCUUCAGUUCCUGGUGCCCAUGCUGCAGGACUUCCCUGAAGAUUGCUGGGUGUCCCUCAACCGCAUGGUGAAUGACUCCUGGGGGAAGCAGUAUUCCUAUGCGCUGUUCAAGGCGAUGAGUCACAUGCUCUGCAUUGGCUAUGGGCAGCAGGCUCCCGUUGGCAUGUCAGAUGUGUGGCUCACUAUGCUGAGCAUGAUCGUUGGUGCCACUUGCUAUGCCAUGUUCAUCGGCCACGCCACAGCCCUCAUCCAGUCUCUGGACUCCUCAAGGCGGCAAUACCAGGAGAAGUACAAACAAGUGGAGCAGUACAUGUCCUUCCACAAGCUCCCCGCCGACAUGCGCCAGCGGAUCCAUGACUACUACGAGCACCGCUACCAGGGCAAGAUGUUUGACGAGGAGAGCAUCCUGGGAGAAUUGAGUGAGCCCCUGCGCGAGGAAAUCAUAAACUUCAACUGCCGGAAGCUGGUGGCAUCCAUGCCGCUGUUUGCCAAUGCAGAUCCCAACUUUGUGACAUCCAUGCUGACCAAACUGCGGUUUGAGGUGUUCCAGCCGGGGGAUUACAUCAUCCGGGAGGGCACCAUCGGCAAGAAAAUGUACUUCAUCCAGCACGGGGUGGUGAGCGUGCUUACCAAAGGCAACAAGGAGACUAAACUGGCAGAUGGCUCCUACUUUGGAGAAAUCUGCCUGUUGACCCGUGGCCGGCGCACGGCAAGCGUGCGAGCUGACACCUACUGCCGCCUCUACUCCCUCUCGGUGGACAAUUUCAACGAGGUGUUGGAAGAAUAUCCCAUGAUGAGAAGGGCUUUUGAAACAGUGGCACUGGACAGGCUGGAUAGAAUUGGUAAGAAAAAUUCCAUCCUGCUACAUAAAGUCCAGCACGACCUCAACUCUGGUGUCUUCAACUAUCAAGAGAACGAGAUCAUCCAGCAGAUUGUGCAGCACGACAGAGAGAUGGCGCACUGCGCUCACAAUGUCCAGGCUGCCGCAGCAGCAGCUUCCACACCAACCCCCGUCAUUUGGACUCCACUGAUCCAGGCGCCCUUGCAAGCUGCAGCAGCCACCACUUCAGUAGCAAUAGCUCUGACCCACCACCCGCGCCUCCCGACUGCUAUAUUCCGUCCUCCAGUAUCUGUUUUGGGGUCUUUGGGGCAGCCGUCCAGCCAGACGCCGAGACAACUGAAAAGGCUUCAGUCUAUUAUACCAUCAGCUGGUCCUUCUGCAGUAGGUUCUCCAUCCAGCACGCCAUCCCAGCUGCACACUCCAGGAGCUGAAACCCCUUCAUCAUCUUCCUUCCAAAUCCAGCAGCUGGCAGGAUUCACAGCCUCUGCUGGCUUAGGCCAGUUCCAUCAGGCCUCAGUUGGAUCUCCUUCCCCUGGCUCAAGCCAACAGUGCUUGGGUGGCACAUCAUCAGCAGGAUUGAACCAGUUUCAACAGGCGCCUUCAGGGUCUCCUUUAGGGGCAGUUCAGCAGCAGCCACUUUCCAGCAACACUCUGCCUAGUGGGUUUGGCCACUUCCAGCAGGCCACCACUAGCUCUCCACCUACUUCCUUCACCCAGCUCUCAUCAAACUCACCUAGCAAUCUUCUCAACCAAUUCCAGCCCACCCCCAGACCACCGCAGGUGGGACAGUUACAGCCCCUCACGGGAAGUGGAACUUUGGGAGGAAUGAACCACUUUCAACCCCCUCCUUCUUCCAGUUCUCCAUCCUCUAGCUUAAGCCAGCUGGCACAAGCCUCUGGAGGCUCCCUUUCAGGGCUGUGCCAAAUACAACCAAGUGCAUUAGGUUCUGCAACUGGGACGAUAGGCCAGCUGCACCAGGAAAGGUCACCUUUUGCCUCCAUGUCUCCAUUGCAGCAGCCUGGUGUAGCCUCCCCUUGUUACACCCCUUCUGGCCUUAGUCCUCCUAGUCAGAGCCCAGAGGCCACAAGAACUUUCCAAUGUGGCCCUUCCAGGGCCUCUGGCUCUCAUGGAUCUCUGCUCAUGCCUCAGACCUCCAGCCCACCUCCACUGGUCCUUCAACCCAAGAGCUCUCCACAUUUGCCACCAAGACGCCUGAGCCAGGACAUCAGGUUGAUUUCUGCUUCCCAGCCAUCUUUGCCCCAAGAAUUGUCUCAGACUCUGAGCCAAAGUUCUCCUCUUUCCUCUAGAGAGUCUGUUCUGAGCUUCUUUCCUUUCUCUGGGGGAGGGUCUGGACUUCUCAGAAAGCCGUGUAGCUCUAUUCCCGGACGCAUGACUUUGCCACGUCAGAUGUCCUCAGGUUCUCUGCCACACCCGCUAGUGUUUGGAGCCAGUGCUGUCGUUGCUCCCUCUCUGACUGCUGGUGGGAGGAAAGAAUCUGUUGUGCUCCCCGGGGAGCUAGAACCUGUCAGAUCCAAACUGCCCUCCAAUUUAUGAGGAUCUCUUCUCAAAGCCGUUUCUGCCACUCCUGCAAUUCAGUUCCUGAUCAGACUUUCACAAGUCAUUGCUUUCCUUUUUCUUUCUUUCUUUGCCUUUCUUUCUUUAGGUUUGACUGUGAUUAGCGAUAAACAAAAAGAAGAUAACCAGGUAUUCUUAGAGCUAUAGAUUUUUGGUCACUUGAUUUUAUAGAAUAUUUUAAUACGUGGAGCAAAAGAAAAUGAGGAGAUUUAAUCUACUGAGGUAAUACACAGAUACAAUGUGUGCCUGAGCUGGAACUUGUGAAUGAUCAGCCAUAGAGCCACCAAAAGGUUUUCCUGUUGAGACACAGAUCCCAGGUUGACAUGGGCAGAAGAAGGAACACUGGGCCAGGUCCAUAGCUGGUGUAUUUUGGAACAGCUCCAUUUGAAGAGCUGUGUUGAUUUGCACCAGCUGGAGAUCUGGCCUAUAGUGUCUAGAUUUUGAGGUCCUGAGCAGUUUGCUGUGUGCAUUGGAAGGUUCUGAUUCCCCCAUGGUUUUCUCCUGUCCUGAGUGGAUUGCAGAGGAAGUGGUGGAGGGUCAGUAUUGCUAAUGCAGUUCCCUGUAGGGAUUAGAAUCACAAGGGCAGGAGGGUUGCUUUUCCUUUUCUUGGACUCCUUCUGGACAAGGUGAAGCAUCUGGUGACCUGGCUAUGGAAGGACCCUCACUUCCCUCAGCAUUCUUCCCACCCCACUGAUGUGUUAGUGGGAGCAAAAGCCAGUCGCAGGUCCAUUAUGGUAGGGAGGGGCUACGUCCCCUCUGUAUUCCUAAAGGGAUAGGGGACAGGGGAGGUGUGAGUCUCAUCUCACUGGUCACUGUUGUGCUUUGCCAGCUGAUCAGCAGCAUGGCUG